CUGCACUGAUCACAGUUUUCAGCAGAGGAGAAUGCGACAUAGUGUGGGCAGUGUCAGGUAUCAAAUGUUCCACUAAAAAGUCCCAAAAUGAGAUUUCCAGUGAAGAUUGUUUGGCUUACAUUAUGGACUGUUUGUGUAGCACAAGAUUGUGAAGAGCCUCCUCCAAAAAAAGAUCCAGAAAUUCUGACAGGUUCCUGGUCUGACAAAUCACAUCCAGAAGGUACUCAGGCUAUAUAUAAAUGCCGCCCUGGAUUUAGAACUCUCGGAACUAUUAUACUGGCAUGCAAGAAUGGAAGAUGGGUGCCCCUUCAUCCAUCCAGGAUAUGUCGGAGAAAGCCCUGUGGACAUCCUGGAGACACUCGCUUUGGUUCUUUCCAGCUCACAGUAAGAGAAGAGUUUGAAUACGGAGCAAGGGUUGUUUAUACAUGUGAUACGGGGUAUCAAAUGCUAGGUUCAGUUAAUUACCGUGACUGUGAACCAGAUGGAUGGACCAAUAAUAUUCCUAUAUGUGAAGUUGUUAAGUGUUUACCAGUAACAGAACCAGAGAAUGGGAGAGUUAUCAGCGAUGCACUGGAACCAGACCAGGAAUAUUCUUUUGGACAAGUGGUACAGUUUCAGUGUAAUUCACGCUUCAUGCUAGAUGGACCUAAACAAAUUCAUUGUGCAGCAGAUGGUAUGUGGAGUGGAAAAACACCAAAAUGUGUGGAGAUUUCCUGCAAAUUACAAGAAAUUAAAAACGGGUAUGCUGUAUCUCCAGACAAAAUUUAUAAGGAGAAUGAGCGAUUUCAAUAUAAAUGUAACAAGGGUUAUGAAUACAAUGAAAGAGGAGAUGCUGUAUGCACGCAAAAUGGAUGGAGUCCAAGUCCUUCAUGUAGAGAAGUCACGUGUAAUCCUCCUUAUAUUGCAAAUGGUUUCUACACACCUCAAAGGAUUACCCACAGAAGUGAAGAUAAAAUCAGCUACGGAUGUAAAGAUGGCUUUUACCCUGCAACCAGGGGAAAUACGGCACUAUGUACUAGCAGUGGCUGGUCACCUACGCCAAGAUGUAGCUUAAAGCCUUGUGAUUUUCCAGAAAUAAAAAAUGGAUAUCUACACCAUGAAAAUUAUUAUAAACCAUACUUUCCAGUAGAGAUAGGAAAAUAUUUCUACUACUACUGUAAUACGGGUUUUGUGACUCCUUCACAACAUUCUGGGGGUUACAUAACAUGCACAAGAGAAGGAUGGUCACCAGAUGCCCCAUGCCUCAGUAAGUGUCAUCAUUUAGAGCAUCAAUCUGUAGAUGUUCAGUGCAAUUCUGGCUACAGUCUUCCAAAUGGACAAAGCACAAUUACAUGUACAGAGUAUGACUGGUCCCCUCCUCCCAAAUGCAUCCGUGUCAAAAAAAUUCCAUGUUCUCAACCACCUCAGAUUGAAAAUGGAACAAUUAAUUCAACUAUAUUUUCAGAAGAAAGGAAAGAAACAUCCAAACCCAGAUUCUACCCACAUGGCACUAAAUUAACUUAUAUUUGUGAAGAUGGUUUCAAGCUAUCUGAAGAAGAUGAGAUAACAUGCCACAUUGGAAAAUGGAGUUCUCUACCUCAGUGUGUAGAUAUUUCCUGUGGAAAUCCACCUGAAGUGGAAAAUGCUAAUAUUAUCUCAAAACAGAUGACUAGGUAUCCACCUGGAGGGAGAGUCUGUUAUAAAUGUAACAAACCUUAUUCCCUGUAUGGAGAGGUAGAAGUGAUGUGUCUGAGUGGAAGCUGGACAAAAGCACCUGAGUGCAAAGAUUCCGAAGGAAGAUGUGUUCCUCCACCUAUUGAAAAUGGAGACACAACUUCAUUCCCAUUACCUCCCUAUGCUCAAGGAUCAACAGUUGAGUACCAAUGCCAGAAGCUCUAUGAACUUCAGGGUAACAAGUAUAUAACAUGUAGAAAUGGACGGUGGUCAGAACCACCAAAAUGCUUAGAUGCAUGUGUAAUAUCAGAAUAAAGGAUGGAAAAACAUAACAUACGGUUCAAAUGGAAACGUGACAAAAAACUUUAUUCCAAAACAGACGAUGUUGUUGAAUUUACUUGUAAAUGGGGAUAUAGACCAACGACACCAAGAGAGACUUUUCGAGCAACAUGUCGGGGAGGGAGGUUGUAUUUUUCUUCUCAUUUGAUUCUAGGAAUUUUUUGAUUCCAUCUCAGAUUUCUUC